AUGAAUCAAGAUCGAAAUCCUUAUGGCCCAUCAACCGAAGGUCAACAGGCUUACCCAUUUCAACAACCUGGUGGAUUUUCAUCCUAUCCACCUCAACAACCUGGUGGAUUUCCCUCCUAUCCACCUCAACAACCUGGUGAAUUUCCCCCCUAUCCACCUCAACAGGGCGGUGGUUUUGGUCAAAAUAAUAUGCCAUUUCAACCGCCGCCUAUGUUACCACGCCCUAAUUUUCCAAAAGAUGAUGAGCAAGGCAGUGGUGAAUGGGGAAAUUUCAAUGGGUUGGAAAGUAAAGAAAUACGGCGUGUAUUUAUUCGAAAGGUUUAUUCGAUUCUUAUGAUUCAAUUGGCAGUUACAUUUGGCAUCAUUGCAAUAUUUCAUUUUACACCAUCGGUUCGUAACUACGUACGCAGUUCCAAUGGGCAAUGGCUUUAUUACACAUCUUAUGCUGUUUUCUUGGUUACAUAUUUCGUAUUGAUUUGUUCGAAACGUAUAGCACGUAGAUAUCCACUUAAUCUUGUUUUACUUGGCCUUUUGACAAUAUCUAUGGGUUAUAUGAUGGGCAUGAUUUCAGCAUAUUAUGAUGUUGCAUCGAUUUUAAUAGCCGUUGGUAUAACAACAGGUGUUUGUUUAGGUGUUACAUUGUUUUCAUUUCAAACUAAAUUUGACUUCACAUCAUGUAUGGGAGUUAUAUUUGUUAUGUCAUUGGGACUUUUCAUCUUUGGAAUUGUCUGCAUUUUUAUUUAUUCAAAAAUAUUGUAUACAAUCUAUGGGGGCCUUGGAGCAAUAGCUUUUUCGAUUUUCUUGGCUGUUGAUACACAAUUGAUUAUGGGUGGAAAACGACAUGAAAUAAGUGCCGAAGAUCAUAUCUGCGCAUCAAUUAUGCUUUAUAUUGAUAUUGUUUACAUAUUUCUAUAUAUUCUUACUUUAUUCGGCAGUCGGGAAUAA